UAUAACGAGUUGUGGUCAAAUUUAUACAAAAAUGUUGUGAACCUAAUAUUUCUCCCAAAAUCAUAGUAACGUGUCCAAUUCAUUCCCUUUCGUCACUUCUCACGAUUUCAUUUUUUCACUCAAAAGCUUUGCUUUUCUUUUUCUCUUCUCUACUAUUUCUCAGUUCACCGAAUCUCUCUCCCUCACUCUUCUCUUUUAUAUUUAUAAAUAUAUCCCACAAAUUAGAAACCCCACAAACUCAUAGAUAAAUUAGUUUACUGUACAGUUGUUGGUGCAGUUGAUCUUUCAACUUUUUUUUUUUUUACUUACAGAUUUUGAUAAAGGGAAGUGAACCCAUUUGUUUGAUGCUGAUUGGAGCUGUUUUUUUUUUUUAAUGAUAAUCUACGAUCUAAAGGUUUGGUAUUAAUCAGAUUUCGAUUUGGGUAUUGUUAGUUUUUUUUUUUUCUUUUUUCUUUUUUUGUGUGUGUGGAUAUUAUAUGAUAUGUGUUUUAUGUGCAUGACAUGGAGUGGCUGAUUAAAACAUUAGGAUUGGAUUGGACACGUUGUUUAUGUUGUUUUGUUUGAAGAAAUUCAUGUUGGUUAUGUAAAAGGGUGCAAUAUAUAAAAUUUUUAUACACAAAUAUUAUUGCUGGGGUUGUUUUUGUAAGAAAGUUUUGGAAUUUUGAUGUAAUGGGUGGAGAAAGUUUUUGCUUGGUAAUGGAUCAGGAGGAGGGUAAGUUACCGGGCCGGUUUGAUCCGGGGACGAGUGUGAAGAAUCCGAGAAUUUUGGGUAAUGGGGUGGUGUCUGAGGCCGUGAAUUUAGUGAAUUCAGAAGAGAGGGAUACUGUGUGUAAUUGUAAUGAAAAUAAGGGUUUGGAAGUAUUGGGUGGUGAUUUGGGAUUGAGUGAGGUACAAAUAAAAGGGCAUGAGCAAGUGCUCAAUCUGGAGGUGAUUGAUCGUGGCAGUGGCAGUGGCAGUGAGGUACUCAGUCGAGUUGAUCAAGUAACGAGUGAGACAUCGAGCAAUUCGGUUGGUGGGGCUGCAUCUGAGACUGUGGUUGUUAUUAAUUCAGAUGAAGAUCUGCGUGUUAGUAGAGAUGAAAAGGGAUCCGGAGCAAAAAGUAAUGAAUUGGGGUCGAGUAAGGUACCCACAAAAGAGGUGAAGAAAAGGGUGUUUGAGUUGGAGAAGAGUUCGUGCGUAAUUGAUGUGAAGUGUGGCAGUGGUAAAGGGUUUGCUGAGGAUUGGGAUGGGGAAAGGGUUUGUAGGAUUUGCCAUUUGAGUUCUGAGCAAUCAUCAGAUGCAACGACAUCAGUCACUGAUAAUGCUACUGUUGGUACUAUGGAGGAUUUAAUUCAGCUUGGUUGUGGGUGUAAAGAUGAGCUAGGCAUUGCACAUAACCAGUGUGCCGAGGCAUGGUUUAAGCUAAGAGGGAACAGAUUGUGUGAAAUUUGUGGGGAGAUUGCCAAAAAUAUUACUGGUAUCGGGGAUAAUGGAUUUAUGGAGGAAUGGAAUGAAAGUAGAUAUACAGGUGUCAGCAGUAACUCCUCAGACAGGAGUGGAGGAUGUUGGCGGGGACAGCCAUUUUGUAAUUUCUUGAUGGCAUGCCUGGUAAUAGCUUUUGUACUUCCAUGGUUUUUUCGUGUAAAUAUGUUCUAGUAUAUGGGUUUGAAUAAAAUUAAGAGGUUCUUCCUGUGCAUCAUCAUGUGGUUUCUGGCAUACUUUUGGUAUGACAUAUAGCCUUAAGCUUUAAUAGGACCAUGCUCUAAAAGACAUGCUCUGUGAAUAUAGUAGGGUCCUUCAUAUAAAAGCCCUGAAGUUUUGAGGCAUCAAAUUACAAAAGUUGCAACAUUUACAAGCAGCAGAUUGUGCAGUUCCUUAUUGCUUUGCCGUUAGUGUAGCUGAUAAUGUGCCAGGAAUUAAUUCCUCAUUAUUUCUUCCAGCUAAAGUAUUGGAUUUUGCCAUAAAUUUCAUGUUUGAAGGCUGGAAAAUUGUUUAGGCCACUAUUUGGAUGCGUUCUUUUCUUUCUUGCUCUCUUUCUUUAUUUUUAUUUUUUUGUUUUUGAGUUUUCAGUGUUCUAUUCAUUGCAGCUCCAUUUGACAUGUUAUCAUGUUUGGAGAGCCUCCAUUGUAUACAUGAAAGUUAUGACAUUUUUGGAUCAUACUAGCAAUAAAAAGCAGUGAUUUUUUUGG